UUCUAUUCACAUAUCACAUUGGUAGCAAAAUUUAUUACUCUCCCCUAUCACAAAAGUGAAGAACCAACAUGACAACAAUAUACGGUACAAAUCCGACAGCAGCUAACGACUUAGCCCCAAAACUGGAGUACAUCACACGCACCAACAACAACCACCACGUAAGACCCGGCCUGGCCACGCGCCGCCCAUGGAAGCAGAUGCUCGACCUACGCUCCUUCCACUUCCCGCGUAAGCUAGCCUCAGUGAUCACCAGAAUCAAAACCAACAUCGUCUACUUCCAAACCAACUACACCAUCGUCGUCCUCUUCUCAGUGUUCCUCAGUCUGAUCUGGAAACCCUUCGCCCUCCUAAUCCUACUGCCCCUUAUCGGUGCGUGGCUGUUCCUCUACUUCCUCCGCGACGAACCGCUCACUGUAUUCGACCGCGAGAUCGACCACCGUGUCGUCCUUAUCGUCAUGUCUGUGGUCACGCUCUCGGUCCUUUUCUUAACCGAUGCAAAGCUCAAUAUUGCCGUGGCCGUUGUGGUAGGCGUGGUGGUUGUAUUGUUACACUCAGCUGUUAGGAAAACCGAAGACAUGUACACAAACGGUGAUGAAACCAGUCCUUUACUUCCCCAAGUAUAAAAUGAUCUUCGUUUGCUAUAGACUAUAUCACAUAUGGUUUAUUUGCAUUAAGGUUUUUCAAAUCUAUCGUCACCAUUGUUUAUUAGUUUUUAUUGUUUGUUUGUUUUCUAUUCUAUGUAUGUUCUGAUGACUAGAUUUUUUCUUUUAACUAUGAUGUCUAGAAUAUUAAAACAAGAAAAAUUAAAUGUAAAGCUUCAACCGUCCCUGCCAGUAGGUUAUCACACUGGCUCAUACAUAGAUACUGGCUGUAAUAUCGUCUAUGUAAUGUUUCUCAUGAUUUUUAAUAGUAUAAUCAAUCAGACAAAAAAAGAUAAAAUCUACUAAUAAUAGGAA